AUGAGCGCAAUCCCUUCACGAUGGUUAGUUAACGAGGCGCAGUGCGCGUAUUCUCUGCGUUUUCCUUUGGUCAUUGGUGCAAAUCCUUUCCACGUCGCCCAGGCAUGGUGCAUCGACACUUAUCAACACUCGGCGCUCAUCGACUGCGAAGCUUCUUACGGCCUCUCUUUCGACUCCAUUUGGACCUCAGAUGACAUGGAAGGACGGCUGGUUCUGCAUCACGGGGAGCUUUUGGAUCAGACGUCGUCAUCUUUGUGGCAACCGACAGCUGAGCCAUCAUCUAACUACGAGAUGGCGGACGCGACGUUGGCGAAGAUCCUUCACGACCGUUCAAGAGCCCAAGAACCGCCGGCCAGAGGAAGGAUGAAGAGACCUGCGUUAUGA